AAAAUAAUUUACAAAAAUUGUUAUACUACUUUCGUUAGAACAACCAUAAAUUGAUAUCAUGUAUGAUACUUACUAAGAUGAUACAAAAAAAUUUUUUAAUUUUUACGAAUUAAAAUUAUUAAUGAAUCCUUCACACUAAUCAUUAUUACUUUCUAAUGCACGUGCCACAUUGUUAGGGUUAUGUUACAAAGCAUUCGAUCAGUCUUAAGUACAUUUUUACAAAAAAGGACUCAUUAAAUUUGUUCGGACGUCACAGAUAUGAUCUUACACCCAACCUUUUAUUGGGUGUAUAAGAUUAUUGUGGAGGGGAAAAAACCUGUCACAACGUAAGAAUUUUCUACCAUUCUAAUUUAAAUUAGAUUCAAUUUUUUGGCGGAAAACAUUAGAACCAUUUUCAUGUUUUAUAACAUUAAUCGGAAAUAAAGAAAAAUAUAGAAGAAUUCUAACUGUAUAUAUAUGUAAUAAUUUGUUUACGAUCUUGAGCUUACAAAUGUUGACACUUUAAGAUAAAAUUAAAUAUGAUUAUAUGGUUAUAAAAAUGGAGACUUUUACUUUUAUCGUAUUAUAACCUCAAUGCACACAUAUAUUUACAUGGAUUUAAGCCAUGUGUAGCAAUGUAUUGAGUAUAUAUAUUGUUAAUUAAUAAAAUAAAUUUGUAUUGAUGAUAAUAUUAGCGUUACAUUUAUAUUUUGAUCGAAUCUAACAAAAAAGUAAUACUACAAUUAAAGAUGUGGAAAUGUACAGAACUCAAACGUUCUGUUAACCUAAUAAAAUCAAUAUUAAGUUCUAUUAUGAGAUCAAAACACAAUUGGUUAAUUUACUUGCCCAAGAAUAAUAUUUCACAUUGUUCUGAAACCUACAGAACACUAUUACCAUUGCAACAUAGUAAUAUACAUAGUGAACAAUGCCAUUGUUCUAAUAAGUUUGAAAAUGUUAAGAUGUUUUCUACAACAAUUGUAUUAGCCAAAAGUAAAGAUCGUGGAAAAGAUAAGAAGAGAACUACACAUAAAAAGAAUAUAGAUAUCCAGGAGAUGAAAGAAGUGAUAAAUGUUGAAAAAUUAACAUUGCAACUUGAAAAAACAAUGGAUAAAUUAAAGGAGAAUUAUAUAAAAUAUGUAUCAGUAAGGUCUGCUGCUGGAGCGAUUGAAGAAUUACCUAUUACUCUUGAUGGAACACGAUAUUUACUUCAAGAACUUGUGCAAAUUACUAGAACAUCUAAAUUGAUUACAUUGAAUGCAAGUGCAUUUUCUCAAUAUAUUCCAAAUAUUAUUCAAGUUCUUUCUAAAAAUCAAAUGAAUUUGAAUCCACAGCAGGAUGGUACCGUUAUAUAUAUACCUAUUCCAAAGUAUCGUAAAAUGGAUGAUAAUCAUGAUUGAUAAUCAAUAAGACAAUUACUAUUAUAGUUUAUAAAAUCAAAACAACACGAUGACAUCUACAUGUCAAAACAAAUUAUUUCUAUUAGAUGAGUAUACAUUUUAUUAAAAUACAAUUUUUGUAAUAAAUGAUAUAUUAUAACAUAUCUUAUAACAAUUUCAUUUUUGUAUCGUUUUAAAUAAAUAAAUUAUUUAGCUAUAAUUAUAAUAUUAGAGCUUGAUUUACGAUACGUUCAUUUAUAUUUUUAGAGAUAUACACAAAAGAAAUUAUUUAUAUAUUAUUUAUAUUUUUACUUACACGAAUACUGUCACUGUACGUUUCUCAUAAAGAUUGACUGAUUUGAUAUUUUAUCAGCAAAAGUUCACUAUGUCGAUAUGUAUAUAUAUAAUAUAUAUAUAUAUAUAAAAAUCACAUAAACGUUGUACGGCUCGUGCGCAACUGACGAAUGUAAGACUGAAAUAAUAAAGAGGAAUAGCUUACGCUAAUCAUUGCAUAACA